CAUACUGCUUGCAUGCACAUGCGCCGUCACCAACCGGAGAAAACAUCUCACCCUAGCUAGCUAAGCUAAGCUGCUGGUUAACUAGCUAUAGUUAGCUUCCCCACAUAUAUAUGCACUGGACGCUCUCGUCUAUCUACUCUCUAUUCUCAUCAGAUGAAGCUCUCACGUCUGCGAAUUAGCUCUCGAGUUCUCUCACAUCACUGCAUAUCCUGUGUUGCUUUCCUUAUCCAGGCAGAUCAGAUCUUCGAUCACUGCUGAUCGCUAGGGCUUCUUGGUCUCUUGAUCGAUGUUGUCUUCUCACUGCGAGAGCAUGCUGGCGUACGCCGCGGCCAGCCGGCGGGCGGUGGUGGUCGACCACCGGCGGUACCGGCCGAACGUGGAGGUGGCGCCAAACUGCCCGCGGUGCGACUCGCCGAACACCAAGUUCUGCUACUACAACAACUACAGCCUCAGCCAGCCGCGGUACUUCUGCAAGGGGUGCCGCCGCUACUGGACCAAAGGCGGGUCACUCCGGAACGUGCCCGUCGGCGGCGGGUGCCGCAAGAACCGGCGGGGCAAGGCGGUGGCGGUGCGUGCCCUGGUCGUGGACGACGCGGCCGUCGAGGCGUCACGGGGCGCGGGGGCGUUCUCUCACCGGUUCCACGGCCCCGUCCGGCCCGACCUGCUCCUCGAAGGCAUGGUCGGCAACCCGCCCGCCGGCGGCAUCGGUCAGCCGGUGCCGGACGAGAAGCCGGCCGCGGCUGACGGCUCUACGAUCGACCUGGCCUUGCUGUACGCCAAGUUCUUGAACCAGCAGCCUCUGGCGGAGCAGGGUGCCGCCGCCGUGCCGGAGUCGGUCGACACCUCGAGCGGAUCAAGCGAUCCACACACGAGCCCGGACGCGCGGCCGGCGGCGACGUACGGCACGGGGCGAGGCGUGCUCGGCGAGCUGAGCGCAGAGACCGGUGCAGCCAUGGUGCAGUGCGCGCAGGCGCUCGGGGAGCUCAACUUCAGCGUGGACCAGAGCUGCUACACCUCGCUGGGGCUGCCAACGGACGGCGGGGAUUUGGUUUUGCCGUCGACGUUGGAUCGGGGUGCCAAGUACGAGCCGUUCGAUUCGCUCCCCGAGGACGCGCUCAGCCUCCACGACAUCAUCUCCGGCGACGACGAUGUUUGGAGCAACGCGUUGGGUUGCCAAGGACUGGAAGCAGCUCUCUGCAGGCCUUGAUUUUCGAUCCUCUCCUCGUUAAUUUGUUGCUGUUCCUGCUGUCAUUCUAUGUCAGAAAUUUCAUCUUCUUUUGAUCUUUUCAGAAGUAUAAUUUUAAUUUAUAAAGAUAUAUAAUAUGUCUUCCACAGAGUGAGAUUAUUCAUCAAACCAUGAAGGAGUGAAGAGGUAUACAAACUAUACUUGUGAUAGAAAGAACAAGAUUAAUGUAAUAAAGUGUUGAUGUCUUAUUGAUAACAUUAAACAUCAGGAUUCCUUUUCGGAGCGAUCCGUCCAAUUAUUCACAGUCCAUUCAUUAAAAGCACUUCCUCUUAUACU